AUGGAAGCUUCAAGCAGAGUCAAUGCUCAUGAAUUCGCUACAGAUGAAAAUCAACGAGAAUCUUUCGCGUUUAAUGGAAAAGACAGGAUCCUUAAUCGAUCGCCUUUAAGAGCUCCUCUGAAGUCUGUGGAGAACAUUUCUCAUGGAGCUUUACAAUCUACCUACAUCGACACAGGUCGCUUCCUAACGUCCCCCGCCAGCUCAGAAGAAAAUCAUGUUUUUCAAGAUGAAAAAGAAUUAAGUAAUGUUUUGGUGAACUCAGUACCUGAGGAUUCAUUUUCUGACCAAAAGAACACAUCUCUCGAUAUUUUUGAAGAAACCCUUGAUUCAGACCCCCUUGAAGCCACCGAGUCUUCACAUGUUGCGAUUCCUUUAUUCACGGAGGUAGACGUUUGUUUGCUCUCUCAAGCUUCAGAAUACAUUAAGGCACAUCCUUCCAAGGAAGAUGACGAUCAAGAUCCAUCGAUGGUUUCCGAUUAUGAAACCGAUAUAUUUGGGUACAUGCGAGAAUUAGAAAGGAAUUUGGCUCCAUCCCCUUCGUAUAUGUCUAUUCAACAUGAAAUAGAUUGGCCGACUAGGCAUUUGUUGGUUGAUUGGAUAAUUCAAGUCCAUCAAUACUUUCGACUUCUUCCAGAGACGUUAUAUCUAACAGUGAACUUAAUUGACAGAUUUCUUUCCACAAAGGUUGUUUCUUUUCAAAAGAUACAAUUGGUGGGUCUUUCCGCAUUAUUGAUUUCCUUUAAGUAUGAGGAGAUUCAUCCUCCAACUAUCUAUCAUUUAGGAAAAUUUGUAGAAGGAGUCUACGAAAUUGAAGAAAUUAUUCGUGCAGAAAGAUACAUGCUGAUGCUACUGAACUUCGAGUUAAGUUGGCCGGGACCCAUGUCUUUUCUACGAAGAAUCAGUAGGGCUGAUUCCUAUCAAUACGAUAUUCGAUCUCUAGCAAAAUAUUUGAUGGAACUGACGUUAAUGGAUGAAAUGUUUGUAGGAGGAUAUCCCAGUGCCAUAGCAGCUGCUUCUUAUUACUUGUCCAUGCAGAUGUUAGGAUAUACUACAUGGACUUUGCAUCAUAUUUAUUACAGUGGACUCACUGCUCGACAACUGGAGCCUUGUGCGUUAGGGAUCAUGGAAUGUAUUUUGGAUGCUCCAAACCAUCACAGCUCUAUCUUUCAAAAGUACAGUGAAACUAGAAUGAAACGCAUUAGCGUUUUUGCUUACAAUUGGGUGUCUAGUAUUCUAUAA